CAGGUAAACUACAUGGUUAUGUACCCAAACGAUGCCAUGUAUUUGGCAAAAGUGGACGACUGGUCCAUGUACGACUUGUCUUGUGUGACGAAGUUCUGCGCAGGAGCUUCCAUGUUGCCACCGUCAACCGUCAGAGCCAUGAGGAAAAUGUUUCCGAAUCUUAGUCGACCAAUUGGACAGAUAUAUGGUAGCACAGAAAUGCUACUGGCCAUCACCUCGAAUUCGCUAAUGUGCCCCGAAACGGAAGCUGGGAUCGGAGUGCUGAAUCCAUACACGAAAUGCAAGGUUGUGAGCUUGGAGGAUAACAGGGCGUUGGGACCGAACGAGCGUGGAGAGUUUUGGAUUCACACUCCUUUUCUGAUGAAGAACUACCGAAAUCGCCCGGACUUGACGGAGAACGCGGUGACACCCGACGGAUGGUACAAAACUGGGGAUUACGGUUACUACGACAACAAUCAACAUCUGCACAUCGUCGAUAGGGUUAAAGAUCUGAUCCAUCUCUCCAGUGGAGAAAUCAGCCUCUUGGUAAUGAUCGCUUUUGCAAGCUCGUAG